CACUGACGUAAAUAUCUAUAAGAUGAGCCUUGCUUAAGGGGCAUUACAGAAAUAUAUACUAUGAGAACUCAAGCACCUAGUAGCACACAAUGAAAUCACGUAAAAAGGACUUGAGGUUUUAACUUGGAUAUGAAAAUGUGAAAAAACUACUUUAAAUUAAAAUUAGAUCCACUGAAUGAAAAAUUGCUAAACCGAAAGUAGAAGGGAGGUUAACCGAGAACGGCGUGUUUUACAAUCAUUUUACGUAGUUUAAUCAUGAAGGAAGAAUCGUCAAAGCAACAGAAAAUAGAAGAUGAAGAUGAAGUAGACAAUAUGGUAGGUUACCGUGGGGACCGUACCAUAGUCAUCAUUAAUGGAAGUGAAUCUAAUUUGGAUACGGUAGACGGCGCUGUUUCUUUUAGACAUACAUGUACUGACACGUAUACAGAAGACGAUGGACGGGUUUUGUUAGGAAACGCAAUAGGAAGUCGAGAUGAGAAAGCUAUAAAGCUUACAGAAUUCAAGGAUGAAAUCACGGACAACAGCCAAGAGUACCCAUUUACCGCUCUGCAAUGCAUAGGCACCCUUGUUUCUCUGAUACUUUUCGUCGUUGAUGUUGUUACCGAUAUUUUACUUGCUAUGGAAUACAGAGACCAUGACAGAGUCUUAGAAUUCGCACUCACGUCAUCAGUGAUUAUUGCGUCAUUUCUAGUGACCGGUAUUCUGAGUACUAUCUGGUAUAUCCAAGAUGUUGCUGGACCUAAAAGUCGAGUGAAGAAAAUUCUGUUUUUGAUCGCAGCCUUUCCUUUUUCAAUCAUAAUAAGAAAUAUGGUAUUCAUAAAACAUGGGUGGUUAAGUCGUAAAUCACGUUCAGAAGAAAAGUCCAAGCACUAUAAACAGAUGAUGAAGGAAGGCCGAGAUGUGAGUCUUCUGAUGAUGUUUGACUCCUUCGUUGAAUCUGCACCCCAGUUAAUAAUCCAGAUUUAUAUUGCAAUGCACCAUCCAUCUCAAGAGUCUUUGCAUUUAGAAAUCCUGCGAUCCUUUACAAUUGCAACAUCCCUUGCUGGUCUGUCUUGGUCUGUGACGUCAUACUAUAGAAAUCUAAGAAUAUCUUCUGCAACUUCCGGUUUGAAGGCCAAUUCGAUAUGUGGAGCUGUUGGGUAUUUCCUUUGGCGCGUGUUUGAAAUCGGACCAAGAAUCACGGCCAUUGUUAUGCUUCUGUCCGUCGAUAGCCACGGUCUCUACAUCAUUUUUGGAUCGUUAGUUCAUUGGUUCAUCAUGUUAACUAUGGCGUUCUUAAGGCAUGUAAAAGUUUAUGACGAACCGAUCCAAAAUAUUAUGUUCAUCGUGUUCAUUAGCUUUGUACAGAUCAUCUCCUACAUGAAUCUGAGCCAUGGAAAGUCCCGGCGUUUUGCCAUUAUUUAUUACACCCUAUUCUACGUAGAAAACGUUCUGAUGGUUUUACUUUUUGUGUUAUGGACUGAUAUCGACAAAUCCAGCUGGAUCUUCAUAGUUACAGUUUGUGUGGCCUCCUCGGGAACUUUAUUUUGCACGCUGUUCAUGGUUAUGUACUAUAAACUUUGCCACCCUAAGGUGUCGCACAAAUCAACAGACGUUGAUAUGGAAUUGAAAGUAGAGUCAUAGUAAUGUUGAAUGGUUAAUUUUUCUUUUAUCCAAAACAAUGUUCUACUUUUCAUUUGGCCAUCCAUCAUUGCUAUGAAGACCAUACUUAAGACUAAGAAGUCACCAAAGAAUUAUAAUAAUAAUUGUUCGUUUUUAAAUCAUUUAGUUGAAUUAAUCCUUUUUUCCAAGGCAUAACUUAAAUAACCAACUCUAUUUUAUAUAAGAUAUUUACACAGAAGAGAUGUAGCAUUGGGAAAGUUUCAUUAUCUUGGUACAUGUAUAUUAUGAUUUUUUAUCUACGUCAUAAAUUAGACACAUGCUGAGAUACCACCUAUAUCUCUAUUUCAUUGCGUACAUGUAAUUGCUAAUACUGUAUUUGACACUCAUGCAUCCGUUGUAUGUUCUAUUCAAUUUUCAAUUCACAUCAUUAUGUGUUUUAAUUGUCUCAUUGUAUUGUGAUAUGCACAUAUAUAUGUCCUAUGGCAGCCUAGUUAACACAUUUUGCCAUUGUUUGUUGUAUUUUCAUUAUUUUGUUUUAAUGUGGUAUGAGACACCUCCAUAUUGUGACAUACAUCCUAUCGAAAUAAACAAGAUAAUCGAGUAUAA